UCAUCCUCCCCUUCCUCCCCUUCCUCCAUCUUCCCUUUCCCAUCAACAACUUCCAUCAUUCCCAUCACUUUCAUCGUUCGGAAUCCCAUUUUCCCUUUCCCUUUUUAGCGGGUUUUCUGCGUCUCGAGUAGACGAGCUCGUUUUUCUUCUCUUUCGGCUUGCCCAACAUGAGACUUUUCGCCGGCGCCGUCGUUGCGGCCGCUGUUGCCAGCGCCGCCCCUACUGUCUCCAUCGACACCGUGCAUCGCGGUGCCGCACCCAUUCUCGCUUCCUCGAACGCUGAGGCCAUUCCCAACUCGUACAUCAUCAAGUUCAAGGACCACGUCAGCGAGUCGGGUGCCGUAGAGCACCAGAGCUGGGUUCAGCACAUCCACACCAAGAGCAGCGAUGAGCGGCUCGAACUGCGCAAGCGUGGCGAGCCUCACGCUGAGACGGUGUUUAACGGCCUGAAGCAUGUCUACAAGCUUGGUGGUUUCCUCGGCUACUCUGGCCACUUCGAUGAAGCCACCAUCGAGGAGGUUCGGAGACAUCCGGAUGUCGAAUUCAUUGAAAAGGACUCCAUCGUUCACACCAUGGAGAUUGUGACCGAGGAGGAUUGCAAGCCGGAGACUGAGAAGUCUGCUCCUUGGGGCCUUGCCCGUGUCUCGCACCGCGAGCGUCUCAACUUCGGCAGCUACAACCAGUAUCUUUAUACCGAGACCGCUGGCGAGGGCGUCGAUGCCUAUAUCAUUGACACGGGCACCAACGUUGACCAUGUUGACUUCGAGGGCCGAGCCAAAUGGGGCAAGACCAUCCCCGAGGGCGAUGACGACGUCGAUGGUAAUGGCCAUGGAACCCACUGCUCCGGUACCGUCGCUGGCAAAAAGUACGGCGUUGCCAAGAAGGCGAACGUCUACGCGGUCAAGGUCCUCCGUUCCAACGGCUCCGGCACCAUGUCCGAUGUUGUCAAGGGUGUCGAGUGGGCUGCCCAGUCCCAUCUCGAGCAGGUCAAGGCUGCCAAGGACGGCGGGCGCAAGGGCUUCAAGGGCUCUGUGGCCAACAUGUCCCUCGGCGGCGGAAAGACGGAAGCUCUCGACCGUGUCGUGAACGCCGCCGUUGAGGCCGGCAUCCACUUCGCCGUGGCUGCGGGUAACGAUAACGCUGACGCUUGUAACUACUCUCCUGCUGCGGCCGAAAAGGCCGUUACCGUUGGCGCAACUGAGCUCGGCGAUGCCCGGUCUUAUUUCUCCAACUACGGCAAGUGCACCGACAUCUUCGCCCCCGGCACUAACAUCCUGUCCACCUGGAUCGGCUCCAAGUACGCCACCAACACCAUCUCGGGCACUUCGAUGGCCUCCCCCCACAUUGCCGGCCUGCUUGCCUACUACCUCUCUCUCCAGCCUGCUACCGACUCUGAGUACUCUGUCUCUCCCAUCAGCCCCGCCAAGCUCAAGGCCGACCUCCUGUCGGUUGCCACGGUCGAUGCCAUCCGCAACAUGCCCGCUGAGACUCCCAACCUGCUCGCCUGGAACGGCGGCGGCUGCAGCAACUACACGUCCAUCGUUGACGCUGGCAGCUACAAGGCGCAGAGUGAGAAUGAGGAUGAGGGUGAGGAAGACGGUCUCAUGAGCAUUCUUCAGAAUGUCGAGCACGUUGCUGAGGAGGACUUCGAUUUCCUCGUUGAGAAGGUGAAGAAGUUCUCGAACAAUCUUCAUGAUAUUGAGGGCGAGCUCAAGGACCUGCUCAAGGAUAUCGCUAUGUAAAUGGCUUUCCUCGUGACCUUGGCCUAGAUAGUCCGCGUCCAAUCAAGGCAAGAGCGACCUCAACCGUCGUCGCCUAUUUUCUUUUCCUAGCUCUAUGGUUUGCACGGGACAAUUUUUACAGUUAUCGUUCAUGGGAUUCCUGGGAUUUGCAUCGUGUGAUGGACGGUUCGGUGUUUUCCUGCUUUUUUUUCCCCUCUUUUCUCCUCUUUUCCCUUCGUUUUUGUAUAGGUCAUCGAUUUGCAUAUCGAAGCUAGAGGCUCUCACG